AUGUUCCGCUCUCACCGCGCCAUCGCUACCACCUUCCGCAGCGCCCAGGUUGCUCGCGGCUACGCCAGCCAGGUCGGCGAGGUCACUGCAGCCUUUGCCCAGCCCAUGGACGCCAACGGCAACUACCAUGUCACUCUCAUCCCCGGUGACGGUAUCGGUCCCGAGAUCGCCGACAGCGUGCGCGCGAUCUACUCGGCUGCGAGGGUGCCCAUUGUUUGGGAGGAGGCCGACGUGACUCCCGUCCUCAAGGACGGCAAGACUGCCAUCCCCGACGAGGCAAUCCACAGCAUCAAGAAGAACACUGUCGCGCUCAAGGGUCCCCUUGCGACUCCUGUCGGCAAGGGCCACGUCUCGCUCAACCUCACCCUCCGCCGCACUUUCUCGCUCUUCGCAAACGUCCGUCCCUGUGUGUCCAUCAAGGGCUACAAGACGGCUUAUGACGACGUCAACACCGUCCUCAUCCGUGAGAACACCGAGGGCGAGUACUCUGGUAUCGAGCACGUGAUUGUCCCCGGUGUCGUCCAGUCGAUCAAGCUCAUCACCUACGAGGCGUCGGAGCGUGUCGCGCGCUACGCGUUCCACUACGCGCGGACGUCUGGCCGUAACAAGGUCACCGCGGUCCACAAGGCCAACAUUAUGAAGAUGUCGGACGGCAUGUUCCUUACCGCGUGCCGUGCCGUUGCCCAGGAGUUCCCCGACGUCGAGUACGACGAGGACAUCCUCGACCGCAUCUGCCUUAGAAUGACCCAGAACCCCGCGCCGUUCGCCGACCGCGUCAUGGUCAUGCCCAACCUGUACGGUGACAUUCUCUCUGACCUUUCGGCAGGUCUCAUCGGCGGUCUCGGCCUGACUCCCUCGGGCAACAUUGGCCGCGACGCGUCGAUCUUCGAGGCUGUCCACGGUUCCGCCCCAGACAUUGCCGGCAAGGGCAUGGCCAACCCCACCGCUCUCAUCCUCUCUUCGCUGAUGAUGCUUCGCCACAUGCGCCUCAACGACUUUGCCGACAAGAUCGAGGACGCCACUCUGUCCACCAUUGCUGAGGGCAAGCACAUCACGCGCGACCUCGGCGGCAAGGCUGGCACCCAGGAGUACACGGACGCCAUCAUCAAGCGCCUCCAGUAA